AUGGCCGAUCAACUCACUGAAGAGCAAAUCGCCGAGUUCAAGGAGGCGUUCUCGCUGUUCGACAAGGACGGUGAUGGAACUAUCACUACCAAGGAACUUGGCACUGUGAUGCGAUCUCUAGGGCAGAACCCGACAGAGGCCGAGUUGCAGGAUAUGAUCAACGAGGUCGAUGCUGAUGGAAACGGUAGGCGUCUCGGUGGUUGUCGGUGGAAGGCUUAUGAACAGGCACGAUCGACUUCCCGGAGUUUCUGUCGUUGA